UCUCUGCCUCUCUCCCUCUCUCCGAGCAGGAAUGUGGAUCAGGAGUCCAGUCAGUCAGCGCAGCGCGUUUCUGCACCGCGCAGGAGUAAAUUAUUGAUCAUCGCCUCGUCUCAAAACAUUGAUGAGGAGGAGGAAGUGAUUUGCGAUCAGGAUACUGCGGGUGACUUUUUUUUUUUUUUUUUGGGGGGGGAUUUACAUUCAUCGGCUCCAACGCAUUGCCCUCCUCUUAUCCCUCGACUGAAGUAAAAGUUUGCUUAGAGAGCCAACACAGCUGUGGGAGUCCGCAGAUGGAAGCAGCCUCUCCGCGUACAGCGAGCGCACCUUUUUCCGGAGGUCUCCCAGCAUGGACCCGGAGUCACUGAGAAGGUGAAGACUGCUCGUGUUAAAUGCUCCCCGCGAGGCUCGGUGCAACACGGCAACUGCUCAUAUAACUGCUGUUAGCUCAGUUACUGUGUGAACCGUUCGCAGACUGUUUACCAUGGCGUCCAGUCUGACAUGUACGGGUGUUAUCUGGGCCCUGCUGUCCCUGCUGUGUGCUGCUGCCUCCUGCGUUGGCUUCUUCAUGCCCUACUGGCUGCUGGGAGCGCAGAUGGACAAGCCCGUGUCCUUUGGCACGUUUCGCCGCUGCUCCUACCCAGUUAGGGACGAGGAGAGCCAGACCACGGUGAUGCUGGAGCAGUGCGGGCGCUACGCCUCCUUCAACGGCAUCCCCAGUCUGCCGUGGAGGAUCUGCACGGUGGUGACAGGUGUGGGAUGUGGCCUCCUCCUGCUGGUGGCGCUCACGGCUCUGAUGGGCUGCUGCAUCUCUGACCUCAUCUCUCGCACAAUCGGUCGCGUGGCCGGCGGCAUCCAGUUUGUUGGAGGUCUGCUCAUUGGAUCGGGCUGCGCUCUCUACCCACUGGGAUGGGGCAGCGAGGAAGUAAAGCAAACCUGCAACAACAGCUCAGGCCACUUUCAGCUAGGUUCCUGCCAGAUCGGCUGGGCGUACUACUGCACGGGGGCCGGGGCGGCGGCUGCCAUGCUGCUGUGCACCAUCCUGUCCUGCUUCGCGGGGAAGAGGCAGAAACAGUACCCGUACUGACGGCAGGACCGGAGAGGAGGCGGGGACAGACGGAGACCUCGGGCGGUACGACAAAAGGGAGAGGGCUCUGACUCUGUGGACUCACAUCAGUACAGCACAUCAGGCACCAAAGACAUCAAGUCAUUAUGGUGCUCUGCACAUCAUGGAACACUACUCAUCUGACAACUGCAGGGACUGUUUCAUAAUGCAGCACACACACACACACACACACACACAUGCACGCACAUACACACGACUGGUUAUUCUCUUAAAAGCUGUUCUUAAAUGAAAAAUGUAUGGACCAACCCUAUUUGUAAGUUGUUACAUAACCAUUUCUUUAAUGAAAAGAAUAUUUUCUCUUUCAUUGUCUUCCUCUCCCUCCGUCAUUGAUGUUUAUGUGGUAGUGUACCCUGUGACGAACAGAAAAGUAAUGUUGCCUCAUUGUUACGUGAAGUGUUUCCGUCUCUUCUACGUGUCUCAUUCUUGCCUUAAACACAAACUGAAAUGCAAUAAUCCCUAUAAAGCAAUCCAACACUGGCUGCCUGCUUCUUCCACUUUUCAGAGUUCCAAAAUAGUAAAAAAAAAAAAUUAAAAAAAAUCUAAGCAGAGUUUAUUUAACACGUUCAUAAGAUAGGCUAUACAUUGUGUAUGGUAAUGUAUUUUAUCAUGUUAUCACAUGUUUUGUAUUCACUCUCAAAUUAUUCUUCGUGGUUAUUUUUGGUUUUUGUAAAUAAAUGUUUAUUGAAACACUC